GGGUGUGGGUGGCUCAAGAGGCUAUCACAGCGUAGGGGCAUGUAUCGAGAGGAGGGAGGGAGAGAGAGAAAAAGUUAUGCUGCUGUAGACAUGGACCUACGCUCAGAGCUCCUCAAGUCUAUUUGGUAUGGUUUCACUGCUCUGGAUCUUGAGAAGAGUGGGAAAGUGUCCAAGUCUCAACUCAAGGUUCUGUCCCAUAACCUGUGUACGGUUCUGUCCAUCCCCCAUGACCCAGUGGCUCUGGAAGAACACUUCAGGGAUGAUGAUGAUGGACCGGUCUCCAGCCAGGGGUACAUGCCUUACCUCAACAAAUACAUACUGGACAAGGUAGAAGAGGGCUGUUUUGUCAAGGAACAAGUAGAUGAGCUUUGCUGGACUCUCACUGCUAAGAAGAACUACAAGCCGGGGAAGGACAAUAAGAACGUGUUGCCAGGGAAGGAUGCCUUUAGUCUCUGGUGCCUGUUUAACUUUCUGUCAGAGGACAAAUACCCUCUGAUUAUGGUCCCAGAUGAGGUGGAAUACCUGCUCAAGAAGAUGUGUAUGGCCAUGAGUGUUGAGCUCAACUGUGUGGAGCUGGAGGACUUCAUUUCCAAGGAUACAGUGCAGCAGAAUGGUUUCACUGUCUGGUCCUUCCUGGACAUGAUGAACUCUGGGAAGGUAACUAGAGGCGUGGACCAGGAAAUCACCAGCAUGGCCAUAGAGGAGGUGUACAGGGAGAUAGUCGGUGAUGUCCUCAAAGAGGGGUAUCUUUGGAAGAAGGGUCAGCUGAGGAGGAAUUGGAAGGAGCGCUGGUUCACUCUGAGGCCCGGUACCCUGGCCUACUACACCAGCGAGGACCGCAAGGAUCGCCAGGGAAACAUCCCUCUUGACGGGGACUGCUGUGUGGAGGUUCUGCCAGACAGAGAUGGGAAGAGGUGUAUGUUUUGUCUGAAAACUCUCUCCAAGACCUAUGAGAUGAGUGCCUCAGACACCAAGCAGAGACAGGAAUGGACAGCAGCCAUUCAGACAGCCAUCCGUCUACACACUGAAGGGAAGACCUCUCUCCACAAGGACCUGAAGCUGAAGAGGAGGGAGCAGAGGGAGCAACGGGAGAGGAGGCGGCUGGCCAAAGAGGAGGAGUUGCAACGUUUUCGGGCACUCCAGGAGGAGAAGGAGCGUAAGCUGGCCGAGCUGGAGCUCCUGAAGGAGGCACAGAGGCAGGCCCAGGCUCUCCUGGAACAGGACGAGAUGAGGAGGCGUCAGCAGCAUGAUGAGAUGCAGCGGGCCCUGGAGGUGCAGCUCCGUGAGGCAGAGGAGUCGCGGGCCAGCAUGCAAGCAGAGAUGAUUCUAAAGGAGGAGGAGGCGGAGCGGCAGAGGAAGAGGAUCAAGGAGCUGGAGGGGUUGCAGACGAGUCUGGAGGAGGCCUUGCACCAGGAGAUCAAGGCCAGACAGGACGAAGAGGUCUUUAGAUACGCACAGACUGGUUUGCUGUCUGAGGAGGAAGAGAAGAUGAAGGCCCUGAUGGCCCUCCAGGACGAGCAGGAGGAGUACAUCCGGAAGACCCAGAGAGAGAAGCAGGAGCUGAGGCAAGAGAUGGAGAACAAGACCCGGGCUCUGGAGGAGGCUCAGCGGCAGCUGGAGGAGGUCAGGGCCAACCGACACCGGGUCGACCAGGACGUUGUGGCUGCCCAAAGGAAGCUUCGUCAAGCCAGCACCAACGUCAAACACUGGAAUGUUCAGAUGAACCGGCUGAUGAGUCCAGUUGGACCAGGAGAGAAGAGAUCUUCUGGAGGCUCGUUCUCCCGUUUCCAGAUCCCGUCUCAGCGAGACCCCGGCCUGCGUCUGAGACAGCGGUCAGAGGAGCAGGAUGACGAGAGCAAGGAGAACGUGGACAGCAGUGGUGCAGGGUUAGGCUGUGAAGGAGAGAGACGUCUCUCACAGACCUCUAACGGAGGCAUGGACAUCCCCUGAGAGGAUAUGGUUCUUCUCCUCUAGAAGGGAAAACUGUGUUACCAACUGUGUUUCGUUUGUGGUUUUUGUAAUGGAAAAGGUGGAGAGACUGAGCGAGUAUGAAUUCAUCUUUUAGGUGGUGUCAAUGUGAACGUUCUGUCUAGUUGACGGAAAAGCAUGGAUGGGAUAAAGGAAUCGUCAAGAUACAUGAUGUUAAUCUUUUGAAUAUUCUUCUCCCACCAAGUUGGUAGUAAACAAUUAGAUGCAUCAUUGGUAGUAAAUGUAUUAUGUCAAUAGUAUUCCAUCACAGCAUCUCACGGUAUGUUGAUAGCAAGUCUCCAUGUUUUAAUGAAGAACAGAAUAACCACAAGGGUUUGUUUUGUUGUUGAGAAUUUCUUCUGAAAGAUCACAAGAUGAAGAUUUCUUUCAUCUCACAAAAUGAAUUCUGUAAAUAUAUUUACUAAAUGAG